AAAUCAAAAAUAUUUAAAAAAAGGAGCAAACUUUCUGAGUCAACAAACUACAACGAAGCAGAAGAUAGCAGCAAAAGGCCGAGUCUUUCAAUCUCUGAAGAACAGAGGCCAAAUGGGGUGUUCUUAAAAUUCAAUUUUGGGAAGCUCUUGCUGGUUUUUUCUGAGCUGGAGUUGUUUUCUGCAUCUGGGUUUGUGAGUUUUUAGGGAAAGUUUGAGUCUUGGUGGUGAAAAGGUUUGGGAUUUGUGGGAGUCUUGGAGGGUUUGAGAUUGGGGUUGGGUCUGAUUUGUGGUGUUUAGGCAAGGAGGGAGAUUUCGGGGUCAGUUUUCGGAUGAGAAUGGGGGUUUGUGGCCCCAUUGUUGGUUUGUUUUCAGAAAGACAGACAUAGAAGAAUCUGGGGUUCUGUUUGUGAAGCACAAAACCGGAGUGUUUUCGUGAUUUUGGGGAGUCUUGGAUACUUGUGUUUGUGGUUUUCGGGGCGGCAUUUUGUUUGUUGGUGUAAAUUAUGUUAAACAAGAUAUUGAGCAAGGUUUCCCGGAAGUCUUCUAAGCGUUCUGAAAGUCGGGAUGGAGGCCAUACAUUGUACUCGAAUGGUCCCAGCUACUCGAAAAGUGGUGAGCUGGGGACUAGUAAGGCUGGUAAUGUGAUUUCGUCUGUGCCAGCUGGUGGGUUUGUUUCGGAUGUUGGGAACAGUUAUGGCAACAAGAAUGCAAAGGGUGUGAAUUUGAAGUUGAAUGGCUUUGUGGCUUCAUCUUCUUAUGAAGCAUUGCCUGGAUUCAGAGAUGUUCCCAAUUCUGAGAAGCAGAACUUAUUAGUCAGAAAGCUUAACUUGUGCUGUGUUAUAUUUGACUUCACGGACCCAACUAAGCAUCUGAAAGAAAAAGAGAUCAAGCGCCAGACACUGUUGGAAGUAGUGGAUUAUGUGACUUCAGCAAAUGGUAAAUUCUCAGAAAUUGUGAUGCAAGAGGGUAUUAAAAUGGUGUCUGCAAAUUUGUUUAGGUCAUUCUCUCCACAGCCACGGGAGAAUAAGGUUGUAGAUGGCUUUGACUUGGAAGAGGAUGAGCCUUCAAUGGAUCCUGCUUGGCCUCACUUACAAAUCGUUUAUGAGUUUUUGUUAAGAUUUGUUGCAUCACCUGAGACAGAUGCAAAAUUAGCUAAAAAAUAUGUUGAUCACUCAUUCAUUCUUAAGUUGCUUGAUCUCUUUGACUCUGAAGAUCCUAGAGAGAGGGAGUAUUUGAAAACAAUUCUGCACAGAACUUACGGAAAAUUUAUGGUGCAUCGCCCAUUCAUCAGGAAAGCUAUCAACAAUAUCUUCUAUAGUUUUAUCUUCGAGGCUGAGAAGCAUAAUGGGGUAUCUGAACUUCUAGAAAUUUUGGGCAGUAUUAUAAAUGGGUUUGCGCUGCCACUGAAAGAAGAACAUAAGUUGUUCCUUGUUCGGGCUCUAAUUCCCUUGCAUAAGCCCAAAUAUCUAGCAAUGUACCAUCAACAGCUAUCUUAUUGCAUUACGCAAUUUGUGGAAAAAGAUUGCAAGCUUUCUGAUACUGUCAUAAGGGGUUUGUUGAAGUACUGGCCGGUCACUAACAGUUCAAAGGAAGUAUUGUUUCUUAGUGAGCUGGAGGAGGUUCUAGAAGCAACUCAGCCAUCUGAAUUCCAGCGCUGCAUGGUUCCCUUAUUCCGCCAGAUUGCUCAUUGUUUGAACAGUUCUCACUUUCAGGUGGCAGAGAGAGCUCUGUUUCUGUGGAACAAUGAUCACAUUGAGAACUUGAUCAAACAGAAUCGUAAGGUUCUACUGCCCAUUAUCUUCUCUGCAUUGGAGAAAAAUGCUAGAAACCAUUGGAAUCAGGCUGUUCAUAGCUUGACCUUAAAUGUCCGCAAAAUUUUCUAUGAUCUUGAUCCCGAGUUGUUCAACGAAUGCUUAGCUGAGUUCAAAGAAGAUGAAUCGAAGGAGGAUGAAGUAAAAGCACGACGUGAGGCCACAUGGAAACGUUUGGAAGAAGUUGCUGCAAAGAAAGCUUCGAGCAACGAACCUGUGCUUGUUCGUGGCAGAGCACCUCUGCGCACUGCUUCACGUUAGCUGGAGAGAGACUGUCGACAAUUCAAUGACAUCAAUAUUUUUUGGGUUGAAACAGGAUUGGUUCAGGUGGAAUACUCAUGCUUUGUUAAUUGCUAUAUGUAUGAUGUAGUUCUAGGAAAGGUAGGUCCUGGCAGAUUACCAGUCUCCAAGAAACUUCUGUCUGCCUCAUUGAUUGUUUCAUUUCGAAGUUAUUUUGUAGCUGUUCUUUGGCGUAAAUUUUAUACAGG